GACCCAUGUGGUGCAGUAAUUGGGCUUUGAGAGCGAAGCACGAACCAGCAUUAUAAGGAAAUUCCUCCCAUUUAUCUGAGAAUUUGUUGCUUAUGGAGUUGUGGAUGUAAAUUUGGAGUGGAUUAUAAUCUACUGUUUCAAUCAUGUCUUACGCAUAUUUAUUCAAAUAUAUUAUUAUUGGAGAUACGGGUGUCGGAAAAUCAUGCCUUCUACUUCAGUUUACGGACAAGCGUUUCCAGCCCGUUCAUGAUCUCACAAUUGGAGUGGAGUUUGGCGCUCGCAUGAUAACUAUUGCCGGGAAGCAGAUUAAAUUGCAGAUCUGGGAUACUGCUGGACAAGAAUCUUUUCGUUCCAUAACGCGAUCAUAUUAUCGCGGCGCUGCUGGCGCUCUUCUCGUCUACGACAUUACCAGACGUGAUACGUUUGAUCAUUUGACGAAUUGGCUGGAGGAUGCUCGCCAACAUUCCAGUUCAAAUAUGGUCAUUAUGCUGAUCGGUAACAAAUGCGAUUUGGAGUCGAGGCGGGAAGUUAAACGUGAGGAGGGUGAGGCGUUCGCACGAGAACAUGGCAUGAUAUUUAUGGAGGCAUCAGCUAAAACUGCCCAGAAUGUGGAAGAGGCGUUUAUCAAUACCGCCAAAGAAAUUUAUGACAAAAUUCAGGAAGGAGUUUUCGAUAUUCAGAACGAGGCCAAUGGAAUAAAACUGGGACCUGAACAUGCUACAUCCGGUGUUGGAGGUGGAGCAGCUGGCGCUCGAGGAGCUGGACCUACGCAGUCUGGCGGCUGUUGCUGAGGAUGACAAAGGACAUCAAUGCCGGGAACGGCAUUAGCAGCACUUGGUGGGAGAUUGCUGACAUUCACUGAACAGAAGCCCUUGAACACAGGUCCCGUUGUCGAAAUUUUGGGUUCUCCUUUUUAGUCACGUGAGCUAUGUUUAUUUCUGAUUAGACUCUUUCUGUUAAUUAUUUUGUAUUAAUCCUUAGCCGAGUUGCCGCCGUGCGCUUUUUGAUUUGGAUGUACGUUUUAUUUUAGUUCGAUUUUUCUUUCGUCUGUGUCAGAGAUGAAUGUUUUUGCCAACAUUCUUAUGUUUUUAAUCCUUCUUACAUGCCGAAUUUCAUGUGCUUGGUGUUUAUCGGUGCGCGGUUUUUGAGUUUUGUGGGUCGUCCUCCGGAUUUUCCGACACCUGUUCGUGUUGCUGGCAGUUUUAUAACGAGCACUCAAA